AUGUUUUCCAGCGAUUCUGAAGAUGAUCUCACAGCUGUCUACAGCUCUGAGUCGCCGUCUGUAGCUUUCAAUACACGUAAUGGUAUUUCCGAGGAAGAAGAGGAAGAUAAUAACACCCAAAGUGAAGACAUUCUAGAUCACAUCGAUCAUGGUGAUUUUACCUUUCACGGUGACUACAACUCUAUAAAUAUGGAAUUAGAUAAUGCAGAUACUGGUUCUUCUCAAACAAUAGAAACUCAUACACGUCACCACUAUCGAUCGUCUUCUCAACGAAGUCGUGCGUUCUCUCCUCUUGUCUCGCGUUUGGCGUCGUUUCGCAGGCAAAAUUAUAAUUUUUCCCCUGUAUCAUCGACGACAACUUCAAAUGUUACUCCUAUAAAGUUUAAUGCAGAAAUAGUUUCGAAAACCGGAUACGGUAACCGGUCAAAAGAAUCAGAACAAUCCACGACGAUACCUCGUUGCAGUUUUUUACACUCUGGUUUAUCGUUUAAUGGAACACAAAAUCUAAUGAACUCACAUCCAUCCCAACGCGAAGAAUGGGGCGUUAAAGUGACAAUUCAAUAUGUAGACUAUAAAACUGGGACGGCUAUCGGAUUAAUGGAAGCUUUGAAUGUGCCUUCAAGUAACAAUAAAGUAGUCACCUACUGGGAAGGUGAAAUUAUCGACCUGGUUAAUCACUCAUGGUGGACAAAUAAAUGGCAAGCUACCCCUGAUGUUGACCUUCAACAUUGGAGGAAAUUCGAAGCUUUUCGCGGGACUGAUGGUAGAAGUAUUUCUCGCGGAUUUCUUUCACGAAAAUGGUUCAAACAAGUCUGUGAGAAAUAUAUUUUUAUGCGAUGGAAAGAACGAUGUUUUGUUGACAUGUCAGCUCAAGAUAGUGGUUUAACAAUUGCUGGAUUUUAUUAUAUAUGUAUCAAGAGAAGUGAUGGUUCAAUUGAAGGCUAUUAUUAUGAUCCCGUCUCCACUCCUUAUCAGAAAUUGACACUUAAGCCAGUUAUUGAAGGAACUGGUUUAUCAUUUGCUGAAUUUUCUUUUCACUGA